AUGGCAUCUGGCGGUUGGGUGGCAGAACUUGAUAAGAAAGAACACAAAAACUGGGUGAUGGUUGGUUGUGCCCUGAAUAUUGCCAAAAAAGGAAUAGCACCAAAAAUUCAAAACAAAAUGGAAGCUUGGUACCAGUCUCUUAUUUCCAGUCCUCCGCUUCGGUCACUUCCAUCUUGCGCUUGCGCACCUUUGGCACCAAAGUGCGCCACUUGCGUCACCUGGGAAAUGGAACUGAAACGUCACCACAAGUCUGGGCGACCAAAGAUUUGCUGGGACAACAGUGACCGAACACAGUGGGGAUCUCCGACUGGGGCAUGGCAGAUAGCUAAAGUCUAUAUGCCAACUCUAGGCAGUCGUAAAAAGGACGUGGUCGACGCGGAGAGUACAGACUUAAGUGGCCUUUUAAACUUGCUGGAAUGGUGUUCUUCUUUCAUCACUCCAUCUGUGAGUCAAAAAGUGUUGACUUCGACGCGAGAUGAGUGCAGGAAUCACUGGGCACACGCCCCAAAGCAGCAACUGGAAGAUUGCGAUGUUCCGACCAUAUUUGAUCAUCUAAAAAGUCUGCUGAAUGAGCCAGUGUUUAUCACUGACAAAGCUGCCCAAAACGCAUUAAGAGACCUACAAGACUUGCAAAAACAUGGUUUAGUAAACGUCAGAGAAUCGAAGAUCGAGGUUCUUUUUUUGCUGCCCCAAACGCUUCAAGAAGAUUUGGUAAAAUGCCAAGCUGAAUUAUCCACUCUUGAGGAGGAAGUUGCACUAGUUAAAAAGCAAGGGGUCCAGAACACAGCGAACAUAGACAAGUUGUUCCAGGAAGUACAUGGCUUAGUGCAUGCAGUGGAUUAUUUUAACACACUUAGAAAUGAGAGAGAGGAUAUUAGGGAAGAAUUUGAGGCUAUCCAUGACCAAGAUGUAAAACCUAGAUUCCGUGUAAUUGAGUCGGAAUUGGCAAACAUAAGAGCCGAAUUACAGGAAGUGAAGAAAGAAGUACAGGAAACAAAGAACAAAGUUGGUAUUUUGGAAGAAAAAUUUGAAAAGGGGUGCUCCUCAGACAAAGAGAAUGACUAUCAGAAAAAACAUUUGUGCACUGCUCCACGUCGGUUAAAGCGAUUCAUUAGUCGAGAAUCAGCUCUAGAAUGGUUAGAGAAGAAUCUUGUGGAAGAGAGAGUUAAAUACAGUCGCGGGACUCCCUGUUGCACUAAAGCAAUAUGCGGCCUUGGAGGCUGCGGCAAGACUUCUGUGGCUAUAGAAUUUCCUUGGAAAUACUUGGAUUGCUUCCCAGGUGGGGUGUUUUGGAUCAAUGGGGAACGUGACGAAACUAUUAAGACAACGGUGGCAGAGAUACUAGCUUAUGCGAACGAUCUUUCCUCGAGAAACGAGGACUUUGAUUACUAUUUGAACAAAUUCCUACCAAGCCUUUCAGAGAUAGAACUUUCAUGGCUUCUCAUAGUGGACAAUGCAGAUGAAUUGCAGGAUUCAAGUUGCCCCUCAGGAAUCAAGAAAAUUUUUAAAGGAAGUUGGCAAACAGCUGCCCCUGGUGCAUCAAAGUAUGGCCACAUACUUCUAACAACAAGGGAAAAUGCAAACGACACAAGAACGUUCUUAAAGCUCUCAAGAGAUGAUUGUUUUGAGUUGCCUUGUUUCAGUGAAGAAGAGGGGGCAGAUUUUCUCAUGAAAAGAACAGGUCUUCAAGGAGGAACCAAUCGUAGAGAAGCCAUUUCCUUAGCAAAGAAAUUGGGAGCGCUACCACUAGCCCUCGAGCAAGCAGCAGCCUACAUAUGUGCCAGCCCUAUGGGAAUGAGCUUUAAAGAUUACCUAGAUUAUUACCAAGAAGUAAAGAUGGAUUUCCUGAAGAAGAAUCCUGUUACAUCGCCAGGUACUGUGGAGGGGGAGCAUCGGUUGUCGGUUCACUCAACUUGGAAUAUAAACUUUAAGUGUCUAAAAGAAAAAUCAGCUGCCGCUGCCCUUUUGAUGCAAAUUGUUUCCGUUGUCGAUCAAACGAAAAUACCUUUCUGUUUUAUAAACCCUGGUUCGCCUAAAAUAGCUCAAGCGGGGUUAGGACAAUGUGCCAGUUCUAAGGCGGGUGUUAAUAGCCUUUUGAAAGAUCUGUCAAGUUAUUCCCUUGUGUCAGUUGAUGAUAAGGGGAAACACUUCAGUGUCCAUCCGCUUGUAAAGGAAGUCAUCCAGGACAGUCUUACUACAUCGGAGCAUUCUGUGGCGCUGAAUCUGGCUUAUCGGCUUUGUCGUUUUGCAUUCUCAAACCUUGAGGUAACUAUGGGUAUUAUGUUACUUUAGUCCAUUAUAUAUUGGCCCGUCUUAUUUAAGAAUAUGAACUAACGGCAAUACAAAACCCUCGAAGAGAAACAUGACUGCAGUAUUUCAAAUUUGUCGCUUUGCAGUGGUGAAAAAUGUUGGAGCGGCAAAAAAUGAUUGGCUAAAAAAAUUAAGUGUUUUUGUCAAUUUUUUUCUGGAAUGUGACACAUUGAGUGUCCCCGUCGAACAUAACCUCUGAUGGACCAUAGACAUGAGAAGUUAUUGAAUAGUGUACUAAUUUCUGUUAAUGCUGCUUUUGAGAUUACUGCUUUUGGCUGUUAUAAAACUGGAUGUGAUCCUCAUUUAUGUGAUGAACUGCGGAUUAAGAUAUAGAUGUCGUAACAAUCCAAAUGGAGAACGUGGCCAACACUCUAUCCAAUCGACAGUUUCCGUCACCACAACAUUUAGGGUUUGAUUCCCGGUCAAAUCUUUUUUUUUUUUUCAGAUUCUUUUUCAACCGCUUAUUGAGAUAAUUGUUCAUUUAACUGCAAGGAUAUUCACAUAACUCAGCUGUUCAUAUCACCAUCCACAAUCAGGCACAUGAUUUACUUCAUACACUCUAAGUCCUUGUUUUUCCUCUUGGUGUUUGCAACCAAUUAAUGAGUGUUACUUACAUCGUGUUAAAUCUUUUAUUGCAGAAUGAACCGCUGGAAGCCAAAAAAAUGGAAAGUGAUAGCAAUGAUAAAGGAAGCAAUUUUAAACUAAAUAUACCGCAGAUGCUAUUAAGUUUGUACGUACAAAACCUGUGA